GAAACAAAUUCAAAUUAUUAAUUGCUGUGGAAAAACUAUUAAUCUUAUUAAAAUAAAUUAAUUGUGGCAUUUUUGACCCUUAUAAAGUAAGAAAUUAACGAUUUAAAAUAAAAACGAAAUUAUGGAUAAUACAAAUUCAGUGUUAUUGCCGCAUAUUUUAGAAAGUCUCAGUCAAAAACCCGAAUUAUGUGAUACCUAUGAAAAUCUUUGUGAAGAAAUUGGUUAUGUUUUGUCCUCUGAAAACUUGAAACAACAAUAUGGCAAUGUUGAAAAUGCUCUCGAAAGUGCUUUGGAUGUGGGCCGAAAUUUGGGUAUAAUAACUUUAACAGACGAUCUAAUAAGGAUGCCAUUUAAUCUAAGUAAAAGUGCUAAGGGGCCAGUAGCAACAAAAAAGAAGAGUGCAGUCAAAUCUAUUUUAUCACCCACAGAUGAUUCGGAAAACUUUAUAAUGCAACCCAGACGUACACAUACUGUACGACCUGCCAUGAUACCUCAUGGACGACGUUCUAGAAGAAGGAUUUCACGAAGUCGUCGUCGUAGAAGUGGUGGUAGACGACGUUCUCGUUCUAGACGUCGUUAAGUACAUCUCUUUCUAAAAUAUCGUAAUAAAUGUUGUUGAAUCUAAAUUUUGUAAUAAAAUUGAUAAUGUAUUUAUACAUA